AUCGAAUGUGCCAGCCUCUGUAUAGUAGCUGGCGGGUCACAUUGUCUUGUUUCAAAGUCGUGUGUCUCAUAGUCACUCUUGACGUCCUGGUCUGCCUUCUGUUCAUGCAGUGUCUUACGUCCAGCAUCGACCUCUUUGGUUCAAGCUGCUAAUACUAGCGGUGCGCGCACCUGCAAAGCACUCACCGGCCUCUUCUGGUACACAUGACUGCUGACUCAAAUCCUCUUUGCUCCUCCUUUGUCACAAAGUCUCCCCGAACUUUUUUUUUUCUUUCUCCUUCUCCACUCUCGAACAGAAUACUUUUCUUUCUAGCUCAGCCUUGGGUCGUUAUACGACGUCAGGGUCGAAAGUUGACUCUACCCCGCUGUUAGCCCCCAAAACUCACGGCAAGCGGCCGUUUACACGCGGCGAUCCCACUCUCAGCUCUUCUGCCUAGCAGCUACGACCAGUGCAUGUCAAGAAUGCCUGGAGGAUACUACGAAGAAGAGGACGAGUGGCACGAGCGCGAUUACCAUCGCGGCUACGGUUAUGUUCAGCCGCCACCACCACCACCACGUGCUCCACCACGACGAAGCGGUGAUCUUCUAAACGUGAACGAUUACGGAGGAACUACCCUUCGGAGGUCUCGUUCCACGGGCCACUCACCGGCACCAAACAUCUACGUGUAUAACCGCACAGACGUAAGCGAACGUGAGGCAUCGCCUGCUCGAGGACGAGGCGUAGACCGCACGGCAGAUAUUAUCGAUAGACUCAGCGAUAUCGACCACGAUUUGCGCCGAAUAUCGAGGUCAAGAGGCGCUGAAGCCCGCGCUCCAUCUCCUUCUCCCUGGCAGCAGCAAAUGGCUUACGACGAGUAUGUCCGUCUUCGAGAAGCCGAUGCGCAAAUUGCUCGUUUAGAGGCCGACCGCAGAUACCAGCAUGAAUAUGUCGAUCGCCAGCGUGAGGAGGAGCUCAUACGUAAGAGAUUAGAGCUUGAGAGACUGCGCGAGAAAGCACGUGCAGAUGCUGAGGAAAACAAAUGGGAGGACCGUGAGAAGGCUAUCAAAACUAGACUCAAGCUCAAGGAGAUGGAGGACGAGCUUAAACGCCAACAAGACGAAGUGAAGAGGAAGGAAGACAAAGAACGAAUAUUGCUUGAACAUGAGCGCGCCAUCGCCAAAGCGAAAGCCGAACGCGAAAAGUUGCUUGCCGAGAUCAAGCUCAAGGAAGAAGAGGAGGAAAAAGAGCAGAAGCGUAUCAUCGCGGAAGCUGAAGCUAAAGCAGCCAAAAAGAAACAACAGGCCGAGGAAGAGGAGAAGGCUGCUAUCGCCCGAUAUCAGCAGAGACAAGCCGAGGAGAAAAAGAAGCAAGACGAAUUGCGCGCCAAAUUCAAAGCUGAGGAAGAGGAGAAGAAGCGCAAGGAGAAGGAAGAGGAAGAGGAGUGGAGACUUAAGCUCGCGAUGAAGGAGGAGAAGGAAAAGGAGAAGAAGAAGCAACGUGAGAAAGAGAUCGAGGAGGAGAUGCACAAGAAGUUGGCCGUGUUUGGCUUUCAGGAGAAUCAAAUCCAGGCGGUUUUGAAUCCCAAGAAGGCAGCCGACCUACCUGCAGGCUACUCACCCUUGCAUCCACGACCGGCACGGCCAGCUAUUGGAUGGACUCCUGUAGCGACGCCGACGUAUAUUAAAGUGUCUCGGGACCAUCUUGACAUCGAGACAUUGAAAUACUAUAACUUGCGCUACGAAAUCGACUCGAGCGACCCCAGAUACAUCAUCAUUCUCGAGGAGAUCAGCGAGGAGGAGACUCAAAUGCUGUUUGAACAUACUCGUAAGCUGCGUCGGGGUUCGAGCACGCUUCUGAUCGAGGAUCGUGGGCGAGGACGCGAUCACCACUACGCAUUUGUGAGGAAGCGAGCGCCAAGCAAGAGUCCGGCGAGGAAGAAUCGAGAUAAGAGUCCCAUUCGCGUUGGUCUGAAUCUCUUCUGAGGACGCUUAGCCCAUGUCAUAGGUCAUUAUGUCUGGCUCGAAAUGAUUAACAAAGGACUAUGGAGGAAAGAAUAUUUUUGGCGUGCUUGUGAACGGAUUGGUGGAUUCUUUGCUCUCCUUAUGUUGUCAUUGUUGCUGGUGGUGGUGGUGGUAACGGUUAUUCGCCACACUUCAUCCUUUUCUCUAUCGUUUUCCGACUGUCGAUCUGGCUUGGCAGAACGUAGGAUACACCCGUUGUGUUUACCCAAAUUCAGUGUCUCCUAAGCUUGAAUAGAACUUUUACAUCUUUACUUCAUAAGAA